AUGUCUUGGACUACACCAGAGCAAGAUGAAUACUUGAAGGGCGUGCACACGCGGUGGCAGACCGUUCGCAGGACAUGCGAUGCACGGGCGCAAUCCCGCUUCCUGACGGAUGUGGACAACGUCUGGCUCGCCCGGUGGCCUGUUCCACGGAUUGGUUUGUCGGCCAAUGAGUGGUCCGAGGCUCUUGUUUGGGAGAUAAUUCUUAUCAAGCAUUGGCUCGACAGCUACGCUGAGUUUCGCCGUACGGGAAGGAUCGAAGCAUGUAGGUCUUGCAGCUGGGGGCCGUAUGGCCGGACAUCUCGCCCCCGUAUUGGCCGUCGCACUCGCAACCGCUCUCGCACUCCUGGGGGAUCGCCUUUCCAUUGCAACAUUGCAGACAUCCGCAACAGGUUCCGUGCUCAUAACCGGGCGCCUCCUCCAUCCCCUUCUACUGACGCACCUGUGGUGCUGCCACCCCUGUGA